UCAACUCAUUCAGUUUCAAUUCGCCGAGAAAAUCAUGUAUAUUCCACAAGUCGUUAAGCCUGCACGCAGAAAGGAACGACUUGCCUAGCCGGUCAGUCUACUGGAAGAUUCCAUUGUGAGUGGGUUUCAAAAAGUUUUUCCUCCGGUUAAUCGGUGUUUUUCGUGUGUAUCACCUUUUGGCCGACUACAUUCACUACAUAAAAAGAUUGCAACUGAAGAACAUUAGCAAGGACAACCUGUGGACUCUAGAACACAAUUUGCAUUGAUUUAAAAAAAUAGGUAAAAGGGGGUUUAACGUGGAAAAUUUGCAAGAGGACUCUCAUAUCACAAACUAGUCCAAGGAUCGUUGCAAAAAUGUGAAAAGGGUGGCGCCAAAUGUAUUUAUAAAGGCGAAAGGAAGCUUGUGGAGAAAGCUAGGAAAUUGAAUUGUGUGAGACCGGAAAUUUUCCUCUUGAGAGGCUUCUCUCAGAUGCCUUCUUCAGUCACCUAACAAGGUUUUCCAUCGACGAAGACGUUGUUUGAGUCGAUUUCCAUUUUCAUAUCGAAACUACCAAGCACAGUAGAAAUCCAUUUACGACCAAUUUUCUGAGCAUAACUUCAGAACCGGUACAAUUAUUCAUCGCUAAUAAAACCUUUCUUUUUCGAUGCAAUCAUCGAGCAAAGUAACAAAAAUUAAUUUGGACGAAAACCGGAUCAGUCGACUACCGAACUCACAUUGGUAAAAAACAGACGAAGAGAAGAAUUGAAUAACAUUGAGAGGACGGGAAUAUAGUUGUGAUUGCAUUUGUUAUUUAAAUUUGUGAAAGUUAAAAAAUUUACCUCGCCAGUAUUUUCUGUCGAUGAAGGAGAAAGGAUCGUAUUGAUUCUUUUGCGAUUGUAAUCGAUGGUUGGAUUAGAGUUAAUUGUUUUUGUUUGACUGAAAAGUGUUAAGUUGUCUCGAGCAGUACGAGAAAUUGGAUGAAAAUAAUCGUCAAGUAUUUUACCGGUCGUUAUAAAAAAUCGUAAAGCCUUGUUGAUCAGGGGCCGAUUUAUUAAUUAGCGAUCUAGAAUUCGUGAUAAGUUAGGGGAUAAGAGAAUAUUCGAGCUGGAAGUCGCUUUGAAAGUGAAAAGAUCUGCGAAGAGAUUUAAAAGAAGAAUAAGAGAGAAUAUUGCAAAAAAAUGUAUAAGGAACCGAGUCCACCGAUUGGUAGGGGAACAAAGGGAGAUGAAGUCGAGCUGGUCAGCAGGUUUUUGGCACCCCUUUGCGCCCGAGAUGAGAUUGCUCGGGACAUCGCUUUGGCAAAUGCAAGAACAACAGUUGAGGGUUGGCUGGGUGGGGUUGGCAGCCCUAAUCACUGGGAAGAAACUGCUGAGAUGGACGAGCGACCCUGUUCAGCUGGAAUUUUUAGAGGGCAAUAUGGAAGGUAUGACAUGAGCAUCGAGCGUUCGCCAAGCAAGUCCGCUCAGAAAAACGUUUACGAGCACCUUCAGCUGCAGGACUCAUUCAAAACGGAGGGUUUCUUCCCCCAGAGCAUCACCGAGAACCCGGUUUUUCCAAGAGAAGGGAACGUCGAGACCCCAGAGAGGUAUCCGUCCGGUUCAUUCGAUUGCAUCGACGGCAGAGUUAAUGAUUCUUCUUCUUGCAAAACACCCAACGUUGGUGACAACAAUGGAGAGAAGCUGGCUAACUCCAAUUCCUCCGACGAGGGCAAAGGAUUUAAGCUCGAGGGUGCUAGAAGUCUGAGGUUCCGAGAUUCCGAGACUCGCUUCAGUUCCAGCAGCGAAAGCGAGAGAAAGUUUUGUGCCUCAACGGAACUUCUCAAUGAUUUCAGCCAAGAUGAUAAACGAACAAAACACCCCGUUAAAAUCAAAAUUGCGAAGCAAAAGCAGCUUGAUGAAAAUUAUGAGCCGGACUCUGACACUAGAAUAUAUGGAAAGAGUCCAAAGUUUGAUGACAAUUUCGCUAGUCUGCGAACAGCAAGUGAACAGAUUAAUGAUCGAAGAAGCUUGAAUAUUCGCGAAAUUGAACGAGUUCAGAGGUACCAAGGAGAAGAUGUUUCCUUUGAUGAAGAUGUUUUAAGAUCGAGGGAUGGUGUGGUUUUCAAUACACUUGAAGGAUUCGGCAAUGAUGAUAUUGAGAAUAUGAAUUUGGAGCCGAAUGAAUCGCUAUAUUUGUUAGAACAUACUGAGGAGAAAAUCAAUAUUGAAAGAACUCAGGUGCCAGAUUAUUUGCGCAAUACUGAGGAUAGAAAGUUCAGCGCUGGACAGAUUAAGAGACCCCUGUCGCAGGAUGAAGACGUGUCUUCUAAAAACGGCAGAGUUUUUGAAAGUCCUGAAGUAACGCCUAGCGAAGUUGGGAGGAUGUUGAAUCUCGGCAAUGUUCUUGAUGGGCCACGACAGGUUCAAGCGAAUAAAUACUUGAGUAUGGUCACUCUUCAUUUGCCCGUGAUAUUGAGACUCAGUGUCAAUUGUCCUUUUCGGAAUGUCAGGAUCAAGUGUGCUGAGAUACUCGAGAUGGUCAAGGAAAGAGGAGUGCCUGUGCCAAAGCCAGCUUUCGAUGGACCUAGUGCCUUCGUUCCAACCUCUGAGCUGCCAGAUUUGAACAACCUCGAUGAAAAGACGCAUAUGCUAUUCAUGGAUGCUUUCCUUCAAAACAAUAGGCUAGAUCAUGUCUCCAUGGUUAUGUCCCAGCACCCUUCCUAUUUGGAACAUUUUCUAAGAACCCAAAAUUUUGUUCUUCGCGGAGAUGGUCCUCUCCCUUAUGAUUACCGACAUCUUAUCGCUAUCAUGGCUGCUGGCAGACAUCAGUGUAGCUACCUUAUAAACCUUCAAAAGUCAGAAUUUCUGCAUCAAGGUGGUGAUCCUUCCUGGCUUCAGGGAUUGAGAUCGAUACCUGGAAAGUUACAAGAUCUGUACGAGAUCAACAAAAUUCUCGCACACAGGCCUUGGCUUCUCAACAAAACACACAUAGAGAAAUUAACGAAAGGUGCAGAUAAUUGGUCGUUAGCUGAGGUUGUCCAUGCGAUAGUUCUUUUGGCUCACUUCCAUUCGCUCGCGUCCUUCGUCUUCUCAUGCGGCAUUAACGAGGAACUGGACAACGUAGCGGGUCACCGCUACAAGGAGAAUGUACAGGACAAUAAAAUUAAAGUACAACCUGCCAAAGACAAGCUGUCUAGUAGUCCCAAGAAGAUUCUUAAUGGCAGUGGCAAGACUGAAACCAUCCCGUCGCCGCCUUCAUCACCCAGUAUAGUUGGAGAACAAGAAGUGGGUGUAGAGACACUUAUGGAACGAAUGAAGCGACUUUCGGAAAAAUCGGAAUCCUAUCAGAUUACGCAAGAAGAGCUGUCAAAAAGAUUCGAGACUGUGGAAUCGCAAUCUGCUGAAUUGGCAGCUGCACCCCAACGAAGUUCUGUAUUAGACUCGGAUAUUGGUCACUUCAUCGAUGAUCCUACCUUUAUCUACCAGGACUUUGCCAAGCGAGGUCAGCUAAACGACAUACCCACCUUCCGCGUACAGGAUUAUUCUUGGGACGACCAUGGUUAUUCCUUGGUAAACAGGCUUUACAAUGACGUAGGGAAUCUUCUUGACGACAAAUUUAAGACGGCCUAUAACCUAACGUAUUACACGAUGGGCACACACAACAAAGUGGACACAUCGCGUUUCAGACGAGCCAUUUGGAACUACAUCCAGUGUAUGUUCGGCAUCAGACAUGACGAUUAUGAUUACAACGAGGUGAAUCAGCUCCUCGAGCGGAGUCUGAAAACCUUCAUCAAGAGUGCCGUGUGCUAUCCGGAACGCGUCACGAAAAGGGAUUACGAUCGGGUGAUGAGGGAGUUCAAGCCCAGUGAAAAGGUUCACGUAAAUUUAAUGAUCCUGGAGGCUCGCAUGCAAGCUGAAUUACUUUAUGCUUUACGGGCGGUGAUGCGGUAUAUGACCUAACUUGUUUGGUAAUAAUCAGACAAUCGAUUCGCCAAUUUUUUCCUCGCACGCGAUUUCGCGAGGAAUUAUGGACACUUUUGUACGACUCGCCAAAAGAAGCGGCCAGCUACUACUACACUGGCACAAGCAUAGAGUCUUUAAAUAUCUCGAUCAAGUUGGAUUGCGAUUUAUUCGUAAGGUUUUUAUAACUAAUAUUUGAAAUCAAGAGAUAGAUGAUGAUGAUAUGAUAGCUUUGUCGGAAAGAAGAGACAUUGAAAAACAAGUGUCGCCACAGCACACAGCAAAAGAUCAGAAACUAGAAGAAGAAGAAGAAGAAAAAGAAAAAGAGAGAGGGUUUCAAAGAAAAAGCGCUGAAUGUUAUUUGGGAUUCGAGAAAGCUUGAAAUUUCCCACGCUUACCCGUUUUAUUUAUUUUUACUCCAUCCGACGAUUUUUCUUGCACUUUUUUUUCCCCUACUUGUUCUCAUAAUUUUUAAUAUAUAUAUAUUGAAAAAUAUCAAUUUUUAUUGCGAAGGAAAAAUAUAUUUUGCUGUGCUCACCAUCAGCAAGAGUAAUAAUAUGUUUAAAAAAUCGAUAAUUUCGAACAAUGCAAUGAUUUUAAUUCCUGAUUACUUGGAUUUUUCAGUUUUAACACAUAUCUAUUUUUGAAAGGGCCCAAUGCACCAAACGGGAACCAGAUCUACAUAUUUUUUUACCUCAAUAAAUUCAUAUCUGGAUCUCUCUAAUUUUGUGAUUUCUCAUCGUGUGGAGAGUAUUAAAAUGUGAAACUGAAUGAAAUCUAUUAUUACAAAAUUGGUCGAACAAAAAAUUCUCUAACGUGACAAACACGAGAACACAAAACGUAUUAUUUUACUACUUUUGCAAUUGAAUAUUUUCAUUUUUUUUUUGUUUUUUUUUUUAAGGACGAUUAUUGCAACUCUCUUUCGGAGAAUCGCAUCUAUCAUGACGUGUGUAAUAAAAUUCAUUAAUUCAUAUUAAUGAAUAAAUUAAUUAAUGAAUUUUAGUCUACAAAUAGAAUCACAUCGUGACUUUACUUGAAAUUAAAUCUAUUUUUGUUGUUUUUUUUCUCGAGUGCACGCAAGUAAUUUUUACGCGCGAUUGUGCGAUAAAAUUUAUUAAUAUCUUUUGUUAUAAAUAAACAUGCGAAAGGAGAAUUAAUGAAUUUUAUUUUACAAAUUGUCACAUUCGUACUUCACUUGGAACGACAAAGUCUUUUUCUCGAGUGUCUGAAAAAAGAAUUGGUGUAUUCUUUAUUUGUAAUUUGAAAAAAUCAUGAUGUAGAUGAAUUUCAAAUGUGUAAUUGUAUAUGAAUGUACAAAGAGAUCGAUGUAAGGAAGUGGAGAAUUGAAAGGGAAGAUUAAAAAAGCAUGCUAGUUAGAAAUAUUUGGAGAGAAUCUGAGGAGGAGAAAGAGUGUUGGAAUUUUGAAAAUUAAAUUUCAAGAUUGGUUCUACCUGAAACGCAUAUCAAAUUAUGAUUGUUAUUAUAAAAUUCGAUUUGGUUUCUUGGCGAUUUUUUUUUCUCUACUCGAAUUCUCUCAAAUUUUUUGCGCUCUUUCAUAUUUAGUGUUUUUUUUUUCUGCGUCGCUGAUAAUUUUAUAAUCGUGUCGUCGUCCCUCAUUGCUACUCUGCUAAAACCUGCGGAGAUUUCGCAGGCGAUAUUUUUAAGUUAUACAGACGGAAUUGUGCAAGCGGCCCCUUCACUUUGAGAUUUGAAAGUGAACGAGCGUUCGCCAUUUCGCGUAGCGAUCUCAGUUAGAGUGCGAAUGUCGAGGGAUGAUGCACAAAGAAGCACGUAAAUGGAUUUUUUUUUUACUGACAAGCGAAAGCAAUUAGAGAAGGACGAAAUAUUUAUUUACAAUUAGUAAUGUAACACACGUAGAUUUAUAAUUUUUACAUUUCUUCAGAUUGCAUAACGCUUUUUUUCACUUUCCCAAUGGACAAGUGUGUCUAAACAAACAAACAAAAAAACAAAAAAAAAAAAAACAAAAAAAGAAGAAGAAAAAGAUUGCAAAGUUUCUGCUGCAGAGAUGCAGUUUUUUGCUGAAUGAAUUUGAGAAAUUUCCUUUCAAGACAGAUUGGUGCAAACGGGAUCUUACUGUAUGUAUGUUGUGUAGAGCGCAAAGAAAAUUUUUCUGAAACUGCGAGUAUUUUUUUAAGAUUACCGUUUAAGACUUGAAAUACGGCUAUAUAUUGUUAUUUUUUUAGUUGCUUUUCCUGUGAAGAAGCAAAACAAAAAAAAAAACAAAAAAGAACAGUAUGAGAUUUUUGUAAAUAUCGUGGCUUUGAAUGAAAGUAAAGAAAGAGAGAAAGGAAUGAAGAAAGUGGUCGAAGAGUGAGGAUUUUUGAGUUUUUGCUCGUGUGAAUUUAAAUGUAAGAUUCGAGAAAAAUGUUGGAAUAAUCUUUAUUAUUGUAAUUUAUUGUAAAAAGAUGAAGGAAGUGAGCGAAGAAGAUUUUCAUGAGACUGGAAAUGUGAAAGUUGAUAUUGAAAAUGAAAAUGAAAAUGAAAAUGAAAA